AUAUCGAACCACACCCCGUGAACCGGCAAUUUCCACCUUAUUCUUCGCGUCGCGUCCGCGUCCACGUCCCCUCCCACCACUUUACCUCACUACUCUACACGCUUUCCAGCCUGCCUUGCCUUUCUACCUGCAACAAACGCACCAUGACCACCACGGCCCCCGCACAAGACGACUUCAGCGGCGAUGAAUACAACGACCUCUUCGCGUACGACAUUGGCGAGCUCGACAUCGAGAUCCCCGAGGCACCUAAGAAGACCGCCGCCGCUCCACAACCGAAGAAGCGGAAGGAGGAUGAAUUGGGCCUCGACGAUGAGGUCUUGAUCAAGAAGAAGCGGGUUACGGUUAAGCUGGAUGAGCAGAGGUUGAUGUCCAUCAAUGGGUUACCACGGCUGAGAAAGGAGGCGCCAACGAAGUUGAAGUUUAAAGGGAAGGGGUAUGAGUACAAAGACGCGUCACGACUCCUGGCGUUCUACCAGCUGUGGGCGGACGACUUAUUCAAGAAGGCGAAAUUCCGCGACACCCUGAAGAUCAUCGAGAAGCUCGGGCACACGCGCACGAUAAGAUCGGCUCGGGAGGACUGGAUCCACGAAGCACAGGGCGGGAAGAGAGAUGAGGCCGAGAUGCAGGAAUUACACGUGAAGGGCAAGGAGAAGGAGAAAGAGUCUGCUGCUGGCGAUGGUGCAGAGAAGCGAGGCGAAGAUGGCAACGACGACGAUCUGUAUUCGUUGCCGACUAGACCCUCGGCUCCGAAACCGGCGACGGCACUGCCAGUUCCGAGUGAUCCAAAUGCACUGUUCCUGGGCGGUGUGCCAUUGGAGGAUAGUGAUGAUGAGAUGGAUGGAUUUGAUGAUGCGGACUUCGAGGCCCUUCUGGAAGCGGAGAGGGCAAAGGAUAAGGCGAAGGGGUCGGGGUCGGCAUCAGCAUCAGCACCAACAUCAGCACUACCAAUAGUACCGCCAACAGUGCCGUCAACAGUACCGUCAGCGCCAACCCGUGAGAUAGACGAAUUUGAGGAUGACCUGGAAGCAAUGGAAGCGAUGGAAGCAAUGGGAGAGAUCGUUGGGCGCAGUGUGUCUGCGGCUGGGAAAGCUGCUCCGGUACCAGUAAGGGACGAGUUUGAAGACGAGCUAGAGGCCAUGGAGGCCAUGGGAGCGUUCGAUUGAGAUGCCAGCUAGAUAGAUGGAAUGCGCAACUGUUGCCCAACAGAACCAAUCCGCUUUGUCGUUGCUUCUUUAUGUGUUAC